UACAUACACAGACACAUGUACAUACAUACACACAAACACACAUGUACAUAGACACAUGUACACACACACGUACAUGUACAUACACGCAGACACAUGUACAAUUGUACAUGCAUACACAGACACACAAACACACACACACCACCAUCCCCACCCCCCAUAAAAAGUUGCAGUACCUCGUUGUUCACUCACAGAUCCGGGUACUGCACUCUAGGGGGAGGCAGAGAGCACAGCACACAUUCCUUCCUUUGCUUUCACUGCGCUCAGCUAUUGAGCAGUCUGACGGCUGCCAGUGCCAAUGACAGAUGCAGCCUGAGCUCCUAGCCUGCUCAGCAAGACGAACCUGGAGGACACACUCGCCCCCACCAUAAUUUCCACUCGCCAUUGGCGAGCGGAAAUUUCAAGCCCUGCAUUACAACAUUGGUAGCUAG